GGCGGCCGCGGGAUGGAGGCGGCGGGAGGCGCCGGAGCCCCGGGCCCGGGCAGGGCCCGCCCGGGACAGCCACAGCCCCAGCCCCAGCCACAACCUCAGCCACAGCCACAGCCACAGCCCAAGGGCCGGGAGCUCUUCAGGGGCCAGCGCAAGGAGUCCGAGGGCUCCGUGGAUUGUCCCAACCUGGAAUUUGAGUACGGGGAUGCCGACGGCCACGGCGCUGAGCUGGCAGAGCUGUACAGCUACACCGAGGAGCCUGAGCUGAGCCACAACAGGAGAUGCUUCGAGGAGGAUUUUCACACUCAAGUGCCGGACAGGAGGUGGCUGGAGCUGGACAGGGCUCAGCAGAAGGCCUACAUCAUGCACCUGCUGGAUGGGCUGGAGGUGGUCAACAGGGACAAGAGGCUCAGAGUAGCACGGGCCAUCCUGUACCUGGCACAGGGUGUCUUUGGGGACUGUGAUAAUGAAGGUGAUGUCCUGCACUGGUCUCGGCACAACAGCUUCCUCCUGUACCAGCUGGGAACCUUCUCUGCCUUCCUGGAGCUUCUCAACAUGGAGAUUGAGAACAGCCAGGCCUGCAGCAGCGCCCUGCGGAAGCCGGCCAUCUCCCUGGCCGACAGCACGGAGCUCAGGGUCCUGCUCAGUGUCAUGUACCUGAUGGUGGAGAACAUCCGUGUGGAGCAGGAGACGGAUCCCCCCGAGUGGAAAACCUGCCGGGAGACCUUCAGGAUGGAGCUGAGUUUCCCUGUGCACACUGAGGAGCCGUUUGCUCUGCUGCUCUUCACGAUGGUGACCAAGUUCUGCAGCGGCCACGCUCCACACUUCCCCAUGAAGAAGGUCCUGCUCCUGCUCUGGAAGGUGCUCCUGUUCACGCUGGGCGGGUUCGAGGCGCUGCAGACCAUGAAGGUGCGGCGGCGGGAGGAGCUGGGGCUGCCGCCCCUGCCCGAGGACAGCAUCCAGGUGGUGCGGGGGAUGCGUGCGGCCUCCCCGCCCACCUACGCCAUCGAGCUCGUGGAGCAGCAGCAGCAGCAGCAGCAGCAGCAGCAGAAGCGGGGCCACCGCAGCCGCAGGCCCCUGAUGAAGCAAGACAGUUUGGAUAUCUACAACGAGAGAGAUCCCUUCAAGAACGACGAAGGAGGGGUUGAUGAAGAGGAGAAUGACGACGUGGACAGCGGGAUCGAGGGGGAGCUGGACCUGAUGGAGCGGGACGCGAUCAUCCCUGCGAUGCCAGCUCAGCGCCUGCCCAUCGAGAGGGUGUCCUUCCCCAAGGGGCUCCCCUGGGCCCCCAAAGUCAGACAGAAAGACAUCGAGCAUUUCCUGGAAGCAAGCAGGAACAAAUUCAUUGGAUUCACGCUGGGACAGGACACCGAAACCCUGAUAGGGCUCCCGCGGCCGAUCCAUGAAAGUGUGAAGACCCUGAAGCAGCACAAGUACGUUUCCAUCUCGGAUGUCCAGAUCAAGAACGAGGAGGAGCUGGAGAAGUGCCCCAUGUCUCUGGGGGAAGAGGAAGUCCAAGAAACCCCUUGUGAGGUCUUGUAUCGAGCAAUGUUGUACAAUCUCCCCCAGUACAUGAUCGCUUUGCUGAAGAUCCUCCUGGCUGCUGCACCCACCUCCAAGGCCAAGACUGACUCCAUCAACAUCCUGGCAGACGUGUUGCCUGAAGAGAUGCCCAUCACCGUCCUGCAGAGCAUGAAGCUGGGCAUCGACGUGAACAGACACAAGGAGAUCAUCGUGAAGAGCAUCUCGGCGCUGCUGCUGCUGCUCCUCAAGCACUUCAAGCUGAACCACAUCUACCAGUUUGAGUACGUGUCCCAACACCUGGUGUUUGCCAACUGCAUCCCUCUGAUCCUGAAAUUCUUCAACCAGAACAUCAUGUCUUACAUCGCUGCCAAAAACAGCAUCUCCGUCCUGGAUUAUCCGCAUUGCACGGUCUGUGACUUGCCCGAGCUCACAGCAGAAAGUCUGGAAGCUGGAGACAACAACCAGUUCUGCUGGAGGAAUUUGUUCUCCUGCAUUAACUUGCUGAGGAUCCUCAACAAGCUGACCAAGUGGAAACACUCGAGGACAAUGAUGCUGGUGGUGUUUAAAUCAGCCCCGAUCCUGAAGCGGGCUCUGAAGGUGAAGCAGGCCAUGAUGCAGCUCUACGUGCUCAAGCUGCUGAAAAUCCAGACCAAGUACCUGGGGCGCCAGUGGAGGAAGAGCAACAUGAAGACCAUGUCUGCCAUCUACCAGAAGGUGCGGCACCGCAUGAACGACGACUGGGCCUACGGCAACGACAUCGACGCCAGGCCGUGGGAUUUCCAGGCCGAGGAGUGCACGCUGAGGGCCAACAUCGAAGCCUUCAACAGCCGCAGGUACGACAAGCCGCAGGACUCGGAGUUCGCCCCGGUGGACAACUGCCUGCAGAGCGUGCUGGGCCAGCGCCUGGAGCUGCCCGAGGACUUCCACUACUCCUACGAGCUCUGGCUGGAGCGGGAGGUGUUUUCGCAGCCCAUUCGCUGGGAAGAGCUGCUGCACUGCCAGUGACAGCCGCGCCUCCGCCUGCCCCCGCUCCCGCCUCCCUGAGGGCCGGCGGUGCCGCGGGCUGGGGUGGAUCUUGGGGGGUUUUAAAGCACAGCUGGGAAAAAAAAAAAAAAUCAAACCCUAAACUUUCCAAAGAGACCGCGUCUCUCCGUGCCCAGCAGACACCUCUUUUUGGAGGUCAUCCUGUGACUUUUUGGAGACCAUAAAGCAUCGGUUGCGGAGCGAGCUCAGAGCCCAGGUGUGUCUCCAUGUAGGCUUGGUGUAGGGAUUCCCAGCUGGGAAUUCCACCCCUCCCGGCUGUGCCUCGGUUUGUCUGGCUCUGUUCGGUUCUGGCUGGCUGCUGACGUGCUCCCGACACCGCCCUGCCGGCCCGGGAUAGCAGGAACACAGCUUGGGAUGGAGACAGCAUUCCCGUGUUGUCCCUGGGCUGGCACUGCUGCUGCUGGGGUGACACGGCCCAGCUCAGAGUCCUGGUGCCACCAGGGACAGGUCCUGCGUGUCCCCUGGACAGCCGCCCGUCACCUCUGCCCCUCUCUCUCCUCCACCCUCGCUCACCUUUAUUGAAGCGCCCCUGUGCCGUGCAGUGUUUCCAGGUGCGGAGCUGGGAGAUCCCUUUUCUCUCCUCCCUGAGUGUCAUUGUGAUUCCACACCCUCUCCAGCCCUUCCAGCCCUGAGGAGACAACAAAUACCAUGUAAAAAAAAAAAAAACAAAAAAACAAAA